AUGUACCUAUCGCUGCGUAAGUUGGCUGUUGCCGGGCUUGCUGCUCUAGCAUUUCCCGGUAUUAUUGCCCAGGACACUUCCAGUGGUGUCAGCCAGACGUCAUCGGUUGCUGGAUCGAGUACCAACGCAAACCCAGCUCAGAGUACGAACAACAAUUCCUCGCCAUCUGUGACCGUUACUUUCAGUGAUGUACCAACCACAAUACCUGUGCUUACGACACAAGUCAUUUCACGUUCGUUGUCGAGCGUACAGACGCUGUCUAGUGUGGCGACCACUGUUAGGGUCUCAUACACCCUGACUCCAUCCUCCACUUCCGCCUCGACUACAAGCGCCGCUGCAUCCGCAACCUCGACCCCCUUUCCCCAUCUAGAUACGCGCGUAGAUCCGACUUUCGGUGUACUCGGGGCUCUGCUUAUCCUUACCGGAUUGCCGACUGCCUUUUGGGGCCACAAGAAUCGAUGGUCUAGUUUCUUCCUGAUCGGGUGGUACACCCUGGCUCUCACGACUAUCGUCCUCAUUCUCAAGUUUGGGGUACUUGACGCAAUCAAUCCCCCAUCCAAAGCUGUUAGGGGCAUGUUCCUACUGGCCUCGGCCGUGGCUGGCGUUGUCGGCGGUGGUCUCGGCAUCUUUUUUUGGAAGCACACCAAAUACUUUAUUGGUGCAUGGGGCGGUUUCGCCCUGGCUCUCUGGAUACAGUGUUUCCGGGAAGGUGGGCUGAUUCGUCAGAUUGCUUACCGAUGGAUUUUCUACGUUGGAUGCGCAGUUGUGGGCUUCAUUCUCUGCACCAUCCCAAAAAUCCACUACAACAUUCUCCUGAUAUCCACAGCCGUGGUCGGCGCAUCGGCAACUAUUCUUGGAGUCGAUUGCUUUUCUACAGCCGGUCUAAAAGAGUUCUACGUUUGGAAUUUGGGGUUCAUGCGCAUGUUUCCGGUGUUCUACGAUAUCGGCAUGCCUUACCCUCUCUACCAGACAAUGCAAAUUGAACUGGGUCUUAUCGCUGCCGUUGCGCUCAUGGGUGGGGCUGUUCAAUUCCGAUUGCUUACGGUACUCAAGAAACGCUUGAAUGAAAUCAACGAAGAGCAGCGCAAGAGGGAAGAAGACGCUGAAAUUGCGGCUGCGGAACGACUGGGCGCAUUCGACGACCAACUGGAAGAAUGGGAGAAGCGCCACGGAAAUCUUGCCGGGUCCCACAAAGAGGUUUCCAGCUCGGGUGGGCUGACGCCAACCGCCACGGCCUAUGAAGGGCGACCCAGCUCUCAGUUUAGCCUGCUUAACGGUCCCAAAUCCACUGGCCUAGCAACCACUCCCGGAGCCCGAAGCCGGCGUCAGAGCAAUGGUGCACUCCCAGUACUUGACCUUGGCACUGACGAUCUAGCUGGUGGAGCCGGCGGUGUGAAGCGCGACUCGGUCGCUCGAAUGGAAGAGUCUCUCCAGGUCAACGAAGAUACCGCUGCUGCCCGUCGUAGGGAAGAACUCAAGGCGGAAAUUGAUGCGCUCAAGAAGAACAUAGCUCAUCUCAAGACCGAAACCAGCGGCACCAACAGUCGUCCAACUUCGCUCCUUUUACUCGAUACCGAUCUCGGACGCACUAGGACCGUCUCGUUUGAUGCGUUAGGAUCUGCACCUCGAUCAGCCCCCUUGGAGCCUACACCAGAGAGUGAAUGGGACAAGUACGUUCGCGAGCGCAAGUUGUUUACCCCACCUAGCGGCGUUACCCCUCCGAUUCCUUCUGGUACGAUUAACGGACGACCAAUGACCUUGAUGAUACCCGAUGCUGUUGCCGACGCUGUAGAAAUGCGCAAACGACGAGAGAGCAUGCUUGAGAUGGGUAAAUUAGAGGAGGCCGUGGCUGCUGCUACCAUUCCAUCUCGCCACACCCGUAGUCGGACAAUGAGCAACGGAACACAAUUGGAUUUGUCAGGCGGUUCGUCAUCCGAGGGUCAGCGGGGCCGCGAUCAACCAACGCAUACACGCCAGCAUAGCCAAGGCCCGCCGGCCAUUCUCCCACCGCGCAAAUCCAUGUCACCCGGACCCCGACUUACGGACAACGGCAGCCGACCCCGUGUAAAAACAUAUGAAGAGAUGCAAGAGCGCCACCGUGAGAAGAUGCGUGCAUUACAGGAGCCCCUGCGCCGUGCCGAAGCCGAGCUUGCUGAACUGGAGAACGCCAAGAGCCGAUGGGAGAGGAGUCUCCAGGUUGAAAGGCAAGUUAUGGAACGUCGCGAGGCCGAAAAGCGAGCUGCGUAUGAAAGGAAGCGUGCUGAGGAGGUCGGCAAACCCAGCAAGAGUGGCGCCGGGAACCGGAUCUCCAAGCUAUUUGGUGCGGAAAAAACCCAGGCUCAACCCGGACCUACGAACGAAUCACCAUUUGUGGAGGAAGAAGAGAAAUCGCAAGAGAGGCGAGCUGGGCCUGGACACUCGACUCGCGAUUCAGCUGUAGCUAAAGUGGCGGCUUGGCAAGCCUAUCAGGAGCAAGCGACCACUGAUACUAGCCGCCCAAACGCUGACCGAGAUGGCCAUCGCAAGAAACAGUCGAGGCAAUCCAACAGCCCUUUCGCUCCCACUCAUGGACGCCAAUCUAGCGGACAUAUGCAUGUGGCUCCUAACUAG